CGGACACCCAGGCACGGAGACCCAUCGAUUUUCAGCAGCAGGAAAAUCAGCAGCAGGGCAAUUGUGUGGGCAGCAGCCAGCCAUCCGCCAAGCAGUCAGUCAGUUGGGCAGUCAGCCAGGUUGAAACAGUUGAAUUAUGAAAACGUAUACAAAACUGGCCCGUUUUCGCCGCAGCAGUCAAUUCGCCGCCUGAGAGCGAAAGAAAAAUUGAAAAUUGUGUGUCCUUUGGUGUCGACGUGUCGAGGCAAAAAGGCAGAAGGUAGUUCGUGCGUCGCAUUUGCUAAAUAAUUGAGCCACUGCAGCCGGAGUCAGCUGAAUCCUGGCCAGCCAGCUGAAUCCUGUGGGUCGCGGGCGUGUGCAUAGUUGAUUGGGUAACCGUAAACAACUCAACGCAUCAAUCGACGCGAAAUCGCGGCGUAUGUCAGUCCAGUGCCAAGGCUGAGUCGAGUCCUUUGCCAUCUCCCUUCAGCGAAAGGAGCUGCCAUUAUCGAUUUGUGUGUAUGUGCGAGCAACAACACGGCGUACCUCUCACCCACACACCGAAAGCAGCAGGAUACUCUGGUGGCAGCAGGAUCUGCAGCAGCAGCACCGCCACAAACAGCAACUGAAUUAGCAGCAAUUGCAAUAUCUGCAACCGCAACAACCUCAAGACAGACACCGCUCUAAACCGACGACAUGGCGAGUGGCGGAGACCCCAAGUGGCAGAAGGAUGCCGCCGACCAGAACUUUGACUACAUGUUCAAGCUGCUCAUCAUCGGCAACUCCAGCGUGGGCAAGACCAGCUUCCUCUUCCGCUACGCCGACGAUAGCUUCACAUCCGCCUUCGUCUCCACGGUGGGCAUCGACUUCAAGGUGAAGACCGUGUUUCGGCACGACAAGCGCGUGAAGCUGCAGAUCUGGGACACUGCUGGCCAGGAGCGGUACCGCACCAUCACCACCGCCUACUACCGCGGAGCGAUGGGCUUCAUCCUGAUGUACGACGUCACUAACGAGGACAGCUUCAACUCGGUCCAGGAUUGGGUGACACAGAUCAAGACGUAUUCGUGGGACAAUGCCCAGGUGAUCCUGGUGGGCAACAAGUGCGACAUGGAGGACCAGCGGGUGAUCAGCUUCGAACGCGGCCGCCAGUUGGCCGAUCAGUUGGGUGUUGAGUUCUUCGAGACGUCCGCCAAGGAGAACGUCAACGUCAAGGCCGUUUUCGAGCGCCUGGUGGACAUCAUCUGCGACAAGAUGUCCGAGAGCCUGGACGCGGAUCCGACGUUAGUGGGCGGUGGCCAGAAGGGCCAGAGGUUGACGGACCAGCCGCAGGGCACGCCCAAUGCCAACUGCAACUGUUAGAGGUUCGAUGGGAGGAUUGGAGGAUUGGAGGACGGGUGGAUCCUGCAGCACCGCAACAACCAUAUUCGUAACAACCAUAGACAGCAGAAUUUGGAAACUAGCUAAUUAGUCAGCGAUGAAGCUAAUCAGUAAGCCGACGAUGGCGGUUCGAUUACCGAUGAAGAGAUAAUGAUAAUAUAGGCGCGCAUACCCCUAUCUGCGGGGGCGUGGCCCUGUGUUUGUAUUGAUAUGUGUAUGUAUAUCCGUUGCGUAAGCUCGCCUCAGUGUAAAUGUCAAAUGUUAUUUAAUCCGAUGUUUGAAAUGUAUCUUGUAAUUUGUAAUUGGUAUUUUAGAAACUGUAAUUUAAUUGGCUGGCCGCAGCGACGAAACAUUUGUUGAGUGUCUGUAUUAAGUUGAGUUUAUUCGAAUUGCGAGUUCGAGAUUCAGAAGAAAAGAGCAAAGAAUUUAUCGAAAGUCCGAUUUGACGGUAAUUCGGCACUAAUUAAGCAUGCACCCAGAGUGCUGAUUUAAGUCAUUUGAUUAGCGACCCCACGUUGACGCAGGGGGUCAAGAGGUCAGCAGGUCAGUCAGCACGAGUAUUUCGAACCGUUCUCCACAUCCACUUGUAUAUACGCUGGCUAAACUGUACAGUUUGAGAUGCUUGACGAAACGCACAAAGCUAGCGAAUCGGUGAAAUCGAACAGAUAACUAACUACAUAUAUAGUACACCCCUACACCCACACCCACGCCCGCACACACACCCAUGUACAUGUAUGGAUACACACACAAGCAAAGAGCACACACACACACACACAAACACACACCGGAAACGAAUGUAGUUAAACCAAAAAUUCCGACUCGGAACAUUCUAGAGAACACAAACAAGCGGCUGAGUGGUAAGCCGCUACUAUUAAAUAUUAUGAUUAUUAUUAUUAUGUACGUAUGUAUUUAUGUAGUGAAAUGGAAAGUUUUAAUGUGUUGCAAACGAUAAAAGAAAUAUAUACAUCCCAUAUACAUGCAUGUAUCGCAUAGAGUACCAGCCAGACCCGCAGCUACAUAGAGGUACUAGCAGUUUCUGUUGCCCGAAUUCCCAAACGAACACCUUCCGAGGGUCAGAGUGACAAUAACCCGCAGAUUGAUCCACCCCCCACCCCCCACCCCGUUGAUUUUCCAGCACCUAACCGCCACUUUUUGCUUUCCCCCACGAGACUGUUGCGAACUGAAUCCGGAUUGCGAGUUACUUGAACCCACCGAGCCAGCUGAGAGAUCGGUGCAUUUAAUUUGCCAGCCCCUUCCGAACCCCAAACACCCCCUUUUAUAUGCACACCACCCACUUUUCCACCCGCAUUCUUUAUACUGCAUGUCUACUGUACAAGGCUUUCCUUUGUUGACACACAACUACCGCUGCCGAGACUAAAUUUGAAGGAAGAUUGCAGGCGGGACAAGGACUUUGACUUGGGGGAUAACACUGCUGAAUCUGAAUAUGUAACUGAAUAUAUAUAUAUAUAUUUGCCAAUGCUCGUUAAUGUUAAAUAUGUGUACAAGCAGAGUUUCACUUAAAUUACGAUUAAAUUAAAGGCAUAUCGCUGUAUUAUAAAUACCCAUAAAGAAGACAAAACGAAACGGAAAACCGAGUCCGCACCCAUGAAAAUGCCAGGAAAAACUACACAACAGCGCAACGAGUUGCUUAGUGCCCGCGAGAGGAGAAGAGGGGGAACGGAGGGAGAAUUGAGAUGAUUCUCUACGAAAAUGCCUUAAGCCAGUCUUGGUCCUUUUGGCAUUCGAACUGUUUUGUAAAAUAAUUAAUCAUACAACAACGUGCAUAACCACUCGUUCAAGAAUUUAUCCUUAUACCUUAUAUUCGUGUGUGGAUUUCGCUUUUAGUCAAGCCCCAACUAAAUAAUCCAAUCCAAUUAAGCUAAACCAAACUAAACUGAUGCUAAAACUAAAUCUAGACCGGAGUAAAAUCAAAGCAAAUAAUACACACGUACCCGAGAAACAAUUGUUGAUUACAUUCGUGCAUAGGCAUAACGCAAACAUUUUUGCGCUACAUUGUUGUCAUUUGAACCAAUACUUAGCAUAUUGAUUAUUGCAUUGUGUACUCAGCUAAACCAAAUAUUUGUAAACCCUAUGAAAACAAUUCCAACUCCAAGCGAAAUGGCAUUAUUUGGAUUCCAUUUGAAUUGCAGCAGUAUAACCCAACUAGGCAAUGUAUACCGAAAUGUCAAAAUAAAAUAAUUCAAUAUAUUAUUCAAUGAUGGUUUUUAAACACUAACACGCAUCUGCAUACCCGUACUUAUGAGGAUACUAACAUAGAUAUACAGAUACACACACAUAUAUACAUAAUAUACACAUAAUGGUAUUGAACUUAUUGUAUUCCCAUAAUAAAAUAUAUGCAAAGGUGUAUGGUAAAACAAAG